AUGUCGAUGCUGGCAAGAGCAGUCAAUCGGCUGCCCACAGCAUUACAGCGCUCAGCAUGUGAGACCGUCAGCAUACGCCAGGCCUCAUGGCUGGCGAUACCACUCAUCAGGAGGCCAUGGACAGCUUCUGGACCAUUGCAGCAUCUCACGCGAAACGCGUCCUCCUCAUCCUCGACCCGCUGGAAGAGCCGUCAAGGACGAGACUCAUACGCGAAAGAGGCAAAAGUCGCAGGCCUGAAGUCGCGCGCAGCAUACAAACUGCUGGAGAUCAACGAGAAACACCGUAUCUUCAGACGCGGCGAUACCGUGGUGGAUCUGGGCUUUGCGCCUGGCAGCUGGAGCCAAGUCGCCGUCAACAGGACAAGUCCAGGUGGAAGAGUCGUCGGCAUCGAUGUCAUACCAGCGCAACCACCGCGAGGCGCGAACGCAUUGCAGGGCAACUUCCUCAGCCCGGAGAUCAGAGAAGAGGUUAGGAAGUUUGUCAGCGAUACAAGUAAAGGACGCGUGCGGCAGAGGAGCAUUAUCAGUCAGGAUAGUCUUACAGAGGACGAAUUGGAAGAGGAUAGCAAGGGCAUUGUUGAGCUGGAGAAACUCAGCUUGGAGCAAGAGCAGGCCAAACAAGGCGCAGUGGAGAAGGAGAAGAUGACACAGCAACAGCUUGACCAUCUCGAGGGUCGUGUGGUGGAUGUUGUGCUGAGCGACAUGUCAGAACCCUGGCCUUUGGUCGAAUCGUCGUGGAUCAAGAGCAAAGUUAACCCAUAUCUCAGGAUGAUGAAUACCUCUGGCAUUGCGGCGCGGGAUCAUGGUGGGAGUAUGGAUCUCUGCAUGGCGGCGUUGACCUUUGCCUACGAUACUCUUGCGACCGGCGGCCAUUUCCUUGCAAAGUUCUAUACCGGAGCUGAGGAUCAUGCCUUUGAGCUUCGACUUAAGAAGCUUUUUGAGAAGGUGCAUCGCAUCAAGCCCGAUGCUACUCGUAAAGAGAGCAAGGAGGCUUACUUCGUGGCCCUACGACGAAAGGCGGGCAUCAAGCGGGAGGAUGUACUUGAUGAAGGUUGA